GCAUGCAGAGCGUGUUGGAGAAGCAGGUGAAUAGUAAAAUUGAUAACCUGCGCGGGGUGAUGGAAAGAUUGACCUCUGAGAACCAAGCUGUAAUGAAAAAGGAGCUGGAAAAAACGGUCAAAGAAAUGAAUCAUAGUUUGGAUCUGGAAGUGGGGAUCCUGAGCUCAAGAAGGGAAGCGAUUGAGCUGAAAAUAGCCGAGAGAGUCGUAAACAAGAAAUAUGUGUUCGAUCCAGACGUCUCACUAAUCAUAGUGGGAUUACCACACGCGGAAAAUGAAGAUCUGAUGGCGCUGGUGAAAGACCUACUGCGUGAGGGCCUUCAGUGUGACCCAGUUCCCGACCCAGUCGCAGUGGAGCGCAUACGCACGAGAGGCCGCCCGCCGGGGCUGGUAAAAGUUGAACUCCGAUCGGUGCAAGAGAAAGUGGCGGUGCUCAGGAGAAAAGCACAGCUGAAGAGCCACGAUCGCUACCAGAGAGUUUAUGUUUCAUCCGCCAAAUCGCACACAGAACGGCUGUUGGAUUAUAAUUUUAGGACUCUUCUCAGAGAGACACCUGCUGGGAAGCAUUUUUACGUGGCGAGGAAUGGUCGAUUGGUGAAGCGAGCGCCUACGGAAAACGCAGCCGGAGGAGUGGGGCCUGUAGAAAAGACCCCAAAGUUAAUGUAUAUUUGCUGCUGUUAGAUAUGUUAGAAAUGGUGUUAGUUGAUUAAUGGGGGAGCAGAGCCCUCUGCUGGGUUUAUAUCGUAACUGACCGCACUCGGUCAGGGAGGGGGGGUGUGUGGCCGCGGUGAAUGACGGGAGUGAGAAGUUACCGUCGGGUCAUCGGUUCGUGUUAUGGCGACUGGUCUGUGCGUGAAUGAAGCAUAACCACAGAACCAAACAGCCUGUAAGAGGGAAAAUAAACAGGAUCUGACACAGUCACUGGCCUCCUCUUUAUUGAGUCUCUGGAGAUUUGGCUGAAAGUGGUGUCCUGGCCGACACUCCGAAGUGGACUCGGUGAUACCCCUGAACCAACUACCCACCCCUAGGGUUCUCCACUACAGGGCCGGUUUGAAGUGAAUAUGCCCAGCCCGUAAAUGAACAGUUUCGCUUAGUUCAAUGGAAUGUUAAUGGAUGGACUUUGAAUAACUGUGAACUCAGGAAAGUAGGCUACUGCCUCGCUCUCUUGAACCCGACUUCAUUUGUUUAAAUGAGACUCAUUUAUCCUGCCAUGCUCCAGAAAUGGAUGGAUUUGUGUGGUUUGGUCAUAAUCGCACUGCCCACAGGAGAGCCGUUAAAAGCCUCCGGUGGUGUUGGUAUUUUUGUUAAGAACACUGUUUUUGACCAGUUUGAUGUUAACAUAACAGAUAAAUCAUAUGAUGGAAUCAUCUGUUUACGUUUUGAGCAUCGGUUGUCACAUUAGGCUAUGCUUUUAUUAUAAUUUCCUGCUACUUAUCACCAGAAAUGUCAACAUGGGGUCGAAACGCCGAUCUUUUCUUUAGUCAUUUAAUAGCUUUGAGUUAUUCUACUGAUGCAGAUUCUGUCUAUAGACUAUCUGCGGGGACUUUAACAGCCGCAUCGCAGACUUGAGAGAUUAUAUUGAAGAAGAUAUUUCGCCCAGAGUGAUAUUGGAUACAGGUGUGAAUAGUCAUGGGGGUGUCUGAUCUUGCGGAGAGCGUUGGACAUGAAGCUCUCAGUCUGAUUGAUGAGCGCAGUAGACUGCCAGACCACUCAAUAUUGUGUUUAAGAUUUCAAUGGGGAAUCUCCUUAAUAAUCCUCAAAGUGUACGUACUGAGUUCAAGAUUAACAGACAAAAUAGAAAUUUCCCUGUUAAUUUUCUAUCCUCUGAAAUGUGCUGUAGGGCUCUCUUAGAGAUUUUACAUCAGCUUGAAGGUGGUCAGAAUAAACAGGGUAAUAUCGACCAGUGUUAUGAUCGUCUCUGUGAGCUGUUGUAUAAGGAGAUGGACAAGCAUGGAACACUCAAAAAACAUAUUUUGAGGAAGUGUCAUCGAAUGAAGCGUCCAUAUUGGAAUACUGAGCUAAAUGAAUUAUGGACUAAAUUGCGCUCAGCAGAAAAAAUGUUUCUUAAAUGUAAGGAGCAACAUAAGAAAAGGGAUCUGAAAGAUGAAUUUAAACAGUGUCAAUUCAAUUUUGAUAGAAGGCUUAGGUAUUUCAAAAGACGCUUCAGAAGAGGACAAGCACUUCAGUUAGAACAGCUAGAAAGUAGAAACCCACAGCAAUUCUGGAGGGAAAUAAAUAAACUUGGCCCUCAAAAGACUUUACUUAUUCCUCUUGAAAUUUUAAAGGAUGAUGGUGAAUCUUCUUUUGAAAUUGAUUUGAUACUUAAACAGUGGGAAAGGGAUUAUCGUAAUCUGUAUACUGGCAAUAAUCCUCUAUUAUUUAAUGAUCACUUCUUAAAUGAAGUUUGCAGACUGAAGGGUGAGUUGGAGAAAGAUAUGAACAAUGCAAUGCAUUGCUCUGACCAUAUACUGAAUGAUGACAUCACGUUAGAGGAGGUGCAGAAGGUUGCUGAUAAAGCAAAAUUAAAUAAAGCUGUAGGAGUUGAUGAGAUUCCUAACGAAGCCCUAAAAGCUCCCAGUAUGCUAAGGACUUUACAUGGUUUGUUUCAGAAGUGUUUCCAGGAUGGUAUUAUUCCAUCAGUGUGGAACAAAUCUAGAAUCAAACCUACUCCUAAAUCUGCAAAAGCGGACCCACGAGUUCCUUUAAAUUACAGAGGUAUCAGUCUAAUUAGUACAGUCUACAAAUUAUAUUCAGGUCUUCUGAACAAUAGAUUAAAUGAUUUUUUAGAGUCUCGGGGUGUGAUGGUGGAUGAGCAAAAUGGCUUCAGGGAAAACAGGGCAUGUAUUGACCUAACCCUAACCCCCCAACCGCUCAGAGCGCCUGUCAUGGGCAGCCCACUCUGACAUCUCUCCACUUAGUGCAUGUAUAGGUCCAGUUUGUGCAUGUGUGUGUUCGGACCUGUGUGUAAUUGACAACAGAGUGAAAAAUUGAAUUUCCCCUCGGGGAUUAAUAAAGUAUAUAAAAUUAAAAAUUAAAAAUAUUUAUGUUUUAUCUUCUAUUGUGAGAGCAAGAUUACAGGAGCAUAAAGAGACUUUUGUUUGUUUUGUCGACUUUAAAAAAACCUUUGAUUGGAUAAAUAGAGACCUUUUGGAAUAUAAAUUCAUAUCUUCUGGUAUUGGUGGUAAAUUUUAUAGUGCAAUUAAAUCCCUAUAUAAGGACCCAGUCACUUGUAUUCAGUUAAAUAAUCUUAGGACUGACUGGUUUCCUACUCCAUUGGAGUUAAGCAAGGAGAUGUUCUCUCCCCAACUUUAUUUGCCCUUUAUGUAAACGAUUUGGCUCAAGAAAUCAAGCAGGCUAAGCUUGGCAUAGAUAUUGAAGACUUUAAUUUAAGUAUUUUGUUAUAUGCCGAUGAUAUUUUGUUGGUUGCUGAGACUGAAAUUAAUUUACAGAGGAUGUUGAAUAUUAUGAGUUCAUGGUGCUAUAAGUGGCGACUGGCUAUUAAUAGUGAAAAGACACAAAUUAUGCAUUUUCGAAAUAAUCAUGUGCAGCAAAGUAGCUAUAUAUUCCAGCUUGGAUCGAGACCUCUUAUAUAUACCUCUUCUUAUAAGUAUCUUGGUUUUGUUUUUACAGAAAAUAUGAAUUUCUACGAAGGAAGGAAAGCACUGGCAGAGUCAGCAGGAAGGGCUUUAGGGUCAGUAAUGAAUAAAAUUAAAAGGUGUCCUGACCUUGGGUUUUUAACAUUUUCUAAGCUCUUUAAUUCAAUGGUUGGCUCAGUCUUAUUUUAUGCGGCUGGAAUAUGGGGCUUUAGGGAUUCCCCUGAAAGUAACACGAUUCAGAGUCGCGCCCUGAGGUGCUAUCUUGGAGUUCAUAAAUUCACUGCAAAGGGUGUUGUUGAUGGGGACACAGGUUGGGAAUCCUGUCUUGUUAAGCAAAGAUGCGAAAUGGUUCGGCUCUGGAACCGACUUCUUCGGCUGCCAGACGAAAGGCUAACCAAAAAGAUUUUUAAAUGGGAUCGAGCCCAUAAUUUCCCUUGGUCAAGAGAUGUCUCUGCAGUAUUCUCUCACUCUGAUUUAUAUUAUAUUUUUAGUAAUAACCUGCAGUGUAAGAUAGAUACAGUUAAACAAAAACUAUUUAAUCUCCAUAAGAAACAAUGGAAGCAGGAGAUUUGGAGGAAACCCAAACUUAGAAGCUAUGUUCAAAUUAAAGAGGACUACUAUACAGAACCAUACUUAACCUUAAAUUUAGGGAGAGGUCAGAGGUCCUUGUGUGCACAGUUAAGAUCUGGUAUCUUGCCCCUGGCGAUUGAAGUGGGGUAUCCCUGAAGAGCAGCGUAUUUGUGUUUUGUGUGAUCUUGAUAUUGUUGAGGAUGAAUUUCAUUUCUUGUUUCAUUGCCCUUUGUACAAUGACUUGAGGAAAUCUUUGUUUGAAAAAGUUCAGGGGAAGAAUCCUGACUUAUUUUGGAUGUCGGAAUUUGAUAUGUUGAGUUGGUUCUUCAAGGAAGAGAUCUAUGUCUUAGCUAGAUUUAUUGAAAAAGCAUGGACAUUAAGACAGAAAACACUGUAUCCCACAUAAGAGUACAAUACUUUGACCUUUUUUUGUUGUCGAUGACGAUGGAUACAUAAGAUUCUUGUUUUUGCCAUCUUUGAAUUGUUUGUACAUAUACUGUGUAGUGUCUUGUAAGCCCAUGUGGGCUGGGCACUUUAACGUGCAUGACACUUAAAUAAACAAAUCAAUCAAUCAAUAAUCUAUUAGAUCCAGGACAAGUCUUAUGUUGUUGGAUAUAUGUCUGCCCUUCAUAAACCCUCUUUGCGUUUCAUCAAUAAUGUGAUCCAGUACUGCUUUAAUCCUUUUGGCAAAGAUUCCAGCUAAGAAUUUAUAAUCAUUAUUGAGGAGACAGAUUGGUCUCCAAUUAUCAAUGCGAAGUUGGUCCUUCUUAGGCUUAGGAAUAGGCCUAAGUGUUAAAAGCCCUUGGUAUAAAAUAGGAGGAAGAGUCUGGUUAUGGAUGCUUUCGGUAAAUACACCAUGGAGGAAGGGAGCAAGUUUAUCGGCAAAUGUUACGUAAAACUCAGAUGUUAAGCCAUCAGUUGCAGGAGAUUUGUUUAAUUUCAGUUGCUGAAUGGCAGAUCUGACUUCUUCCAAUGUUACUUGCUUGUCACAGAGGUCCCUUUGGUCAGUGUUAAUAGAUUUUAACUGAGAGAGAUAUCCAAAAAAAUAUUUCGUUGCAUUUUCACCAUAGUGUGACUUAUACAGGUUCCUAUAGAACAAUAAACAAUGGUUGGAUAUCUUUUGAGGAUCAUCUGUGACAGCUCCAUCAAUAUUAAGUUUUUGAAUGCAGUUUGUUCUACUGCGUGACUUUUCCAGCCUAAAGAAAUAUGCUGUAUUUUGCUCCCCUUCCUCCAGCCAUUGCCUUCUAUCUCACAAAAUCUCCUUCUGCUUUAACUCUGUAUAUUUCAUCUAACUUGAGCUUGAGCUGCUGCUCAGUUAGUUCUUGUCAUCUUCUGUUAGAUCUUCAGGCAUACACUGAGUACGAGUGGCAAUUUUGGUAAUUACUUUUGUUUCUUCCUCUUUUCUUAAUUUGGCCAAAGAGGAUCUGUAGCCUCUUAAGUAUUUUGCUGUCUGGAAUUUCAACAGUUCUCAGUUCUUAUAGAAACAUUUAUCAGCUAAAGCCCUAUGCCAGUAGCAUUUUAUUAAAAAGUGGAUCUUUUCUAUAACAGUUUUAUGUUUUAAAACUGAGUUGUUGAGUUUCCAGUAUGAGUUCCGGUAGGUGAUACUGGCAUUGGGUUUAAAGUUAAUUUGAAGAUUUAGAUCUGUGAGCGGAGUAAUCAUAAUAUUAACAUGAAUAUUAUUUUCAUCUAGACUAUUUGAGAUUAACCAAUAAUUGAUUAGUGACCUACAGGUACCAGUUUUAUCAGCCCAUGUAUAAGAUUUGGCAUUUGGAUUCUUUUUUUCUCCAGAUGUCUACAAAUUGGAAUUUUAGCCUAAAUAACGUUACAUUGGAGGGAGAAUUUGUUCUAUUUUUUGGAGGCCAUCUAUCUACAGAGUCAUCUACCGUAACAUUGAAAUCACCACCAACAACAAACAGCAUGUUUGGAUAUUUAGAUAACCAAAAAUAUAAAGCGAGAUUCCAAAGUAUCAAAUAAGAAGUCAUUUUCAGCUUUGGUGUUAUAACCAUAUACAUUAGCCAGAAGGACAAUAAUGUCAUUAAUCUUAGUAAUUAGUAUAAGGAAUCUGCCGUUUUGGUCACUCUCUGAGUGUAAUAUAGCUCCUUCAAAUUUGUUUUUCGGGGAGGUUACUCCUGCUGAUCGUUCUGAGCCAUGCGAAAACCAUAUGUCAUUUCCCCACUGAGUUUUCCAGAAAUUAGUAUCAUUUAUGACUGAGUGUGAUUCUUGUAAGAAACAGAAAUCAGACUUUUGUUGUUUAAAAAAUAAAAAUAAGGCUUUACGUUUUAUGCUGUCUCAUAAGCCUCUGGUAGGCUAUUGUUUGUUUAUUAUUCUCCAAGGUAACAUUAGGCUCGUUCGAGAUGAACUGCGCCUCGCCUGGAAAGUAGACUGUUAUAAAAAUUAUGAUCACAAGAUGUAAACAUGCCAUUGUGUUGUGUAAGUUCUGGAGGUUCCUGUUUAAUGCUAUAGCAACUGCAAGAUCAGCAGAUGGUUAAGUGCAAAAGGAAGUUUAUCAUAACAUAUGUAAGAGGAAGCGAGAGAAACAGAGGGUCGGAGACAGGACAAGGACAAGGUCACCCGGAGGACCGUGAGACAAGACGUCACACCAACUGACAACCAUUGUUAUCAAUAGAGUGUGUACUUGAUAGAUUAGGGGAACUGAAACCUCUUGUAUCCAACGCCCAGAUAUACUGUAUAAAAACCUGCAGUGUAUGCUCCUCAGGGAGCUUUUUCUCUGUAACCUCAUCUUGUGUGUUGCACUGCGAAACGCUCCUCUUGUACAAGAUAAUAAAUUCUG